UUUAUCUUUUUCCAAUUUUUAGAAUUAAAAAAAAAGAUAAAGAGCAAGUUAAACUGAGAUCAAAGUUAAUCUACAUUGGUGAAAUAGGCAUAAAAGGGUCUCUAGUACUGUGGCGGUAAUGUAAUUGACUCUACCUGCACUUGCUACACUAUUCGACUUCCACCUUCCACUUUCUAUUGUCCCAUGAGAAGGCGGGGAUGACUGAUCUCAGGUUUCUUUCCGCAUAAGUGCAGUGGAUAACUUCUUAGAGAUCUUUACUUAACAAACAUGCCUGCUCCAUGCGAGGACAUUAUCGAGGAUAUUGAGGAUUUAAUCGCGUCGCAGGACAUAACCCCCAAGGAGAGGUAUAGUUCACGAAAACAUAUCACGGUACGACCGAAGCGGAGGAAGCAGGAACAAGUGUCACAGCCGUCUGUUUUGUCAAGCGUAAUACCUGGCACGCAGACGAUCUACGUGAAGACAUGGGGAUGCACGCACAACAGUUCGGACACCGAAUACAUGGCCGGUCAGUUGGCGACGUACGGCUACAAUUUAACUGAGGAUAAAUUGAAAGCAGAUCUCUGGCUGCUGAACUCUUGUACUGUCAAAAAUCCCGCGGAAGAUCAAUUUAGGAAUGAAAUUGAGCAUGGAAAGAACAUUGGCAAACAUGUUGUGGUCGCUGGAUGUGUGCCACAAGGUGCCCCAAAAUCUUCCUUCCUUCAAGGGCUGAGUGUGAUUGGAGUGCAGCAAAUUGAUCGAGUGGUAGAAGUUGUAGAGGAAACCUUGAAAGGAAAUACAGUCAGGUUUUUAAAACAGAAGAAAGAUUCUGGCAAGAAGAUAGGCGGAGCUUCACUGAGUCUCCCAAAGGUGCGCCGGAAUCCACUCAUUGAGAUUAUAGCUAUUAACACAGGUUGCUUGAAUCAAUGUACCUACUGCAAAACGAAGCAUGCUCGAGGCGAACUUGGUAGUUAUCCACCAGAGGAAAUAGUCGAACGAGCCAAGCAAGCUUUCGAGGAAGGAGUGUGUGAGUUGUGGCUCACAUCGGAAGACACAGGUGCCUAUGGUAGAGACAUUGGCACCAACUUACCAGAAUUGCUGUGGCAAUUAGUAGACGUGAUCCCUGACGGUUGCAUGAUGCGCGUAGGUAUGACCAAUCCACCGUAUAUCCUAGAGCAUUUGGAUGAAAUGGCCAAGAUCCUGCAACACCCUAGGGUCUAUAGCUUUUUACACAUCCCAGUGCAGUCCGGUAGUGAUCAGGUGCUGGCUGACAUGAAGCGAGAAUACACGCGUGCUGAGUUCGAACAUGUGGUGAACUUUCUGAGCGAGCGAGUGCCUGGUCUAACGAUCGCCACGGAUAUUAUUUGUGGCUUUCCCACGGAAACGGAGAUGGAUUUCGAGGAGACGAUGACGCUUUGUCAAAAGUACAAGUUUCCAAGCCUCUUCAUCAAUCAGUACUUCCCCCGACCUGGCACGCCCGCCGCCAGAAUGCUGAAGGUACCUGCGCAGAAAGUAAAGGCAAGAACCAAAAGGUUAUCAGAAUUUUUCCAAUCAUAUGAACUGUACGGACAUAAAGUGGGACUGCAACAAAAGGUGCUAGUGACGGAAGUAUCACAUGACAAACAGCAUUACGUGGGCCAUAACAAAUUCUAUGAACAGGUGUUGAUUCCGAUGAAGCAAGAGUACAUGGGAAAAAUGAUCGACGUGAAGAUUAAAGAAGCGACGAAGUUCUCCAUGAAAGGAGAACCGAUCGGUAAAGGUGUGUCCCCGGCGCUAAGGUCUCCUUUACCGCAAGGAAUCGUUUCCAAAAUACCAUACGAAACGAAGCCAUCAAGAUACGGAAUAGCAACGAUUACGAUGAUCUUUUUAGCUGUGAUACUUAGAAUAUUAUGGAAAUUUCUAACUUAGAUAUAUAAUUUAUACAAGAUUCUGUAAAUUGAUCAUGUAAACACAUUGUAUGACAUGUUGUAAAUUGUCUUUUUAUACUUGCAACAAAUAUCUAAUAUUUAUUUAAAAAGUUGAAAGAUUUAUUAUCAAUAUGUUCAUUAUCAUUAAUUUUGGAUAAAGAAGAACACAUACGAGAUUACGCGAAAAAAAUAUUAUAUAUUUAAUUGACAAUACAGGAACCUACCCUGAAAGGGCUUACAAUUCAAUAGUUUAAUGCAUAUAUUGGCUAUAAUAAUUCUUCGGCAUUUCUAGACGCAUUUUCUAAAAUUUUCCUAACAUAAAUUGAAAAUUCUCUAAAUAUAAUAUGCGGAGAGGAGUAUUGAGCAUUCUUACAUUUUGUUGAACUAUCUCCUCGAGAGCAAGAUGUUUAAGAUAAAACUUAUAUACUAAAAAUGAAAAUGUGUCCGCUUUUAUAAAAAUAUCAUUAUUUUUCUUAUUACAUAUAAAGGCACGUUAUUUGGUAUCACUUCCUCGUGGCUAAAGAUUUCUUUUUUAAAUAUAUCUUAUUCUAAAGAAUAUAUCGGAUUUCUGCCACAAUAUCUCCUGAGUAUUAAAGCCCAUGAAUCAUUGUUCGAAGAUACCAAACGAAAUAUUGUUUAUAUAAAUUAGAGCAUCAAAAUCGAUGCUUAGUUUUUGGUUGUAUUAAUCUAUGCAAAUUUGUAAUUACAUAUAUCGAAAGAAACAAUAAAUUUCCUUUUAUAAAAGA